CUGUUCAAUGACCUAAGUACCGCCUGGGUAUUCUUUGCCAUCUUUGUCGGUAUCAUUAUUUUAUUGUUGUUCGCGGUUAUCUACGACGUAAUCAGCCUGGGAUGGAUAGUAAUCAAUGUCUACGGCAACGAUCACUACCUACUCGCUUUUAUCUCUGGUUUCUAUGGCGCUUGGCAACUGGGUUACGCACCUGGUGACGUAGAGAUGUAG